GCCGGUCACCUGGGCCGCAGUGCCUUCACCAGCGGGGCUCGCAGGCGGACGCCAUGGAUCUGCUCGGCUCGCUCAAGUCCUACUUCACCACCAAGUAUGUCAUCACCGACAACCUCAUGUGUCGGAUGCACCACAAGGCGUCCGUGGGGGUUCUGCUGGCCUUCAGCAUACUCGUGACUGGCAAGCAGUACGUGGGCGACCCGAUCGACUGCAUCAGCAAGGACUCGGUGCCUGGGAACUUGCUAGACACCUAUUGUUGGAUACACAAAACCUUCAGUGUGGCCACAGCGUGGCACGGAAAACUGGGCGACGAUGUGGCCUACCCGGGAGUGGCUCCUCACACCGAAGGCGAUCCCAAGGUGUACCAUGGCUACUACCAGUGGGUGUGCUUCGUGCUGAUGCUGCAGGCGCUCUUCUUCUACGUUCCCCGCUACCUGUGGAAGACCAUCGAGGGUCGUCGCAUUCAGAGCCUCACGGAGCAGCUAUCGUCUCCCAUGCAAGACAGAGCGACCCUUGAGAAAGCCCGAGGCAUGGUCGUCGACUACCUUGUCGCCAACAGGGGUUUUCACGGAGGCUACUUCUAUGGGUUCGUGUUCACCGAAAUGCUCUACUUCGUCAACGUAGUGGCACAGAUAUUCAUCAUGGACAAGUUUCUGGGAGGGGAGUUUUCAACCUACGGAGCGCGCGUCAUCGAGUUCACCGAAUGGCACUGGGAGGCCCGCUACGACCCGAUGAUCAAGGUGUUCCCGCGAAUGACCAAGUGUACCUUCCACAUGUUCGGUACCUCCGGAGACCUGCAGAAGCAUGACGCCGUCUGCGUGCUCCCCAUCAACAUUAUCAACGAGAAAAUCUACGUCUUCCUCUGGUUCUGGUUCGUCAUACUGACCAUCAUCACGGGCCUCUUUCUCAUCUACAGGAUGGUCGUCAUCGUGUCCAGCUCCGUGCGCUUCCACAUCAUGUACAGCCGAAACCGCAACGUCGACUCGGAGAACCUUCGAGAAAUCGUGCAGACCGUCAGCACCGCCGACUGGUUCAUCUUCUACCAGAUCAGCAAGAACGUCGAACCGGGCCACAUGAAAGAAUUCGUGAAUGAUUAUGCUCAGGAACUGGACGUCGGCUCCAAGACGAGCAGACAGAAGCUCAGGGACAACAUGUGAAAAUUUGACCGUUGUGACGUCGCUCAAUACUGCCCAAAAACGAUACAGCCGGGAGUGUUCCAUCUUCCUUUUUUUCUGCAGCGUGGUGUCGAUGAGAGAUCAAUCGUUAAGUGAAUGAGUGUGUCGCGACAGGAAGGCGUGAUAUGCGAUGUUGCGGACAGUGUAUAUGAAUUUGGUCGUCCCACCGAUUCAAGACACCAGGCCGCGCUUACAAACGCGCGUGCGGUCGACGGUAAAGGCUGUUUCCAACGCUGUUCCCAUGUUGUGCCCAACGGACACUUCUGAUAGCCUUCUUUUGGGUAUUGUAAGAUUGGUUUGUAGAGCAUGGUGGCUGCGCAUGUUUUACAUUUGUUGGUGGUACCGCAUAGAUCAAUAACAGUUACUGGUACUAAGAAGAACGUUAGUACAUUUUAAACGAUUUUAAACUGGUGUGUCUGAAAGACAAACGUUUCAAUGGAGUAGGGUGUGACAAUAUCAAGGGUCAGAGUGAACAGCUAGAGAGGCGAGGACUAGAGCAGCGAAUCCCGGAACGGAGCUUCUAUAUACUACAGUAUUAUUUGCAUUUCCUGUAAGGCAACGAAUCUUAGUUAUCUGCGUUAGUAUAGUAAGAAACAAUCAUGCUGAAAUUUCCAGGAAGAAUAAAGGAAAAGUUUCGCCUUGCAGUUCACCAGCAAGGGUAGCCCGAGAAGUUAGUGUCAUGACGCGCUGGUUUUGUCUAGUAAUCCGCGAGGUUGUUCGAAGUGCUAUCCGGAGACCCUUCUGCGUAGGCGAGGUCCAGUGAAGCUAUCGCAGCCGCCGACAUGCCGAGCGUUAUCGACGAGCGUUUGUCAUCGAAGAGCUCUAUCUUUCGUCCCUGAGUGACCGCAAUCACUGAAGGGCUUUUGAAGGACGCAUGUUGCUGCCACUAGGAUCUGCUUCCACCACGAGAUGGCACCACCAAACACAGAUAUGCGCUGCAGUGAAACGCAGCGCGCAAACCACGUACGUAUUUACAUCUGUUUGACUGUGGCUGCGCUCUUGCGCAAGUGUUGGUUGUCCUGAUCGCAAGCACUUCGCUGCGUAUUGUUAUAAUUCGCGACAUGUUUGUGCUCCGAACGACCAAAGUCUUUCUUUUUUUUUGUGGGGUUAUGUAGAAAUGCUACACCACAGCACGUGCUUCGUAAGAAACAGAGCGGCGAGUCAAGUUACUUCAACGGAACGAAAGCAUGCCAUAUACUAACAAUACAUUGGGUAGUAAUUGUUUAAAACUUUAAUUACCCUAUGUGAUUUCAAGAAUGAGCUUCUGAGGCAUAAACAGAGAUUACCGGUAGAUAUUUUCGGUUAUUCUUUCUUUUUUGAGGGCGCGAAGGGUGGUAGUGGGUAAAGGAAAGAGGGAGGGAAAAUGGUAUAAAGGUGAUGAUGCACAUAGCUAUAGCAGUGACUUCUGAUGCUACGUCAAAGAUAUAGAAAUGAACAAAUAUGACAAGGAGCACAUUUAUGUAUGCACACAUUGCCCAUCUGACUUACAAGCGUGUGAACAACAGCCGUUUGACAGUGACAAAGAGUACAUGGUGCCAUGCUUUACAGCCCUGAAAUGUAAUUGCAAACAAAAAGUGAUGGCACCUGGCAGCGUUUUAAAUUAAGCUGCUCAUAGGCGAAAUGAAAGUUUACGUUCCAUGUUCUUCUCAAUCACUCUGCCACUUUCACUUUUCUUUAGAUAACCGACGUGCCUGAGCACUUCUAACUCGCCGUCUAUAAGUAACUGAAGAUACAAAGAAGUCAAGCUCAUGAGAUUUAACGCACAUGAUUGAGACAGUUCAGCACAAGAAUUGGGCUAGCAUCAAUUGGCUCGUGGUAAAAACACAAAUUUUCAACCAAGUAUACUUUUCUGUGGCUCUCAUUCUCACACUCUCAACGAGAGCUUAAGGGCAAACGCUUACACAAAGAAAAGCAAUUACUUAAGUAUCACUCGCCUUAUGUGCAUAAAGAGUCUACAUGCUUUUAUGUAUUUCGCUCUUUAAACAUGCGGUGAGAAAAGGAAGAAAACAUACGAUGGAAGCAAGAAGUCAGGCGCAAGAAAAGAAUUUCAUCGUCUUACUACGGGCUUAAUUGAGGCUCUGUGCUUUUCGUUAAACUAGAUAAUCGUCCUCUGAGUGAACAGACAGUACUGGAGCAUCGUCCCUAUCAGAAGAAUGGUGAUCAGCGGCUCAGAAGGCAGUGAAGACACUUUUGUGCUUUCUGAGAACGUCUGGUUUGCACGAGCGGCUUUGACUCACUGACUGUCUGUGCACGUCUCUAUACCCCCUCUCUCUCCAUUCUCUAUCUUCUCCCAGUGUAGGGUAGCCAACCAGUCUUGACUGGUUAACAUCCCCGCCUACCUUACCUUCUCUCUCUCUCUCUCUCUCUCUGUGCUUUUGGUGUUGUUAGCAUUCGCCCCGUAUGUGCAAACUUUCCUCGACUCAAAUGACUUCCUCGAGGCCAUAGAAUAGGUACCUUUCUACAGACACGCUAAAGCGCUAAGCGUAGAAGUGAGUGUGAAAGCUUCCUGCUAUGGAUGGAUGGAUGGAUGUUAUGAGCGUCCCCUUUGGAACGGGGCGGUGGGUUGCGCCACCAAGCUCUUGCUACUAUACUGCCUAAUAUUCUACCUAGGUGCUAUCGAGUGCACCACAGCGCCACUCCUAGUCUGAAGAAGCAACACUGCUUCAUUCUGCUUCAUUCUGCUUCAUUCAACACUGCUUCAACGCUUCAUUAAAUCUCCUCGCUGAUACCUCCGGCGCAGUUACUUCACAAAAACACCUUCACUGCAGUGUAUCGAGUAGACGCCGAGAAAAGACAGAGGAUCCUACAGGAAUUACUUGGUCCAACUCUCGCGCCGCCUCCGCUACAGCUACCGCGGGUACCGUGGAUUUUCCUAAGUGUGUGACCUUCAGACGCUCUUGUGGUGGCACUUUUUACGCAUUAUCUUUGUAAAUUUAUGAGAAAUCAUAGUUUUCUCAACCCAGUGAUAUAACUAGUCUCUGCACGCGCGCGUAAACCUUCCACAUGUGUGUUAACUAGAGCAUGGCGGCGAUGACGUGUUUCCGCCUCCUGCAGCUAGCAUCCGGCGCUUCAGCGUCCUUUACUCCAUAGAGUUUCUUGCAAGACUUACUAGAAGGGACUCUGGCGCUAUCGUCAUUCAGGCCGCAUCGGAAUGGUGGUCAAUAAAUGGAUUUGUAAGAUUUUCGA